AUGUCAAUGAAUACUAUUUCUAAAGAUUCACAUUAUAAACUAACCUCAGGAACUCAGAUACCUUUGAUUGGCUUCGGGGUUUACUUAGUACCACCUCUUCUUACUGCUAACUUGGUAUACCAGGCUUUGAAAGCCGGCUAUAGAUUGAUAGAUACCGCCCAAAUUUACAGAAAUGAAUCAGAAGUUGGUGAAGGUGUUCUCCGAUGGAUAUCUGAAAACCCCGAGAGUAAUAAACGUGAAGAUAUCUUCAUUAUAACAAAAAUCUGGGACUCUUUCCAUGGUUAUGAAAGUGCCAAACAAUCUAUCAAGGCAAGUAUCAAAAAGAUAUGUGUACCAGGCAUCGAUUAUAUCGAUUUGUUUUUGAUCCACUCUCCAAAUUCAAAUAAGCAGAAAAGGUUGGAGACGUAUCAAGCUUUACAGGAAUCUAAGGAUUCAAAUUAUGUUCACUCUAUCGGAGUUUCAAAUUAUGGGAUCAAUCAUCUCGAAGAACUUUAUAAUUGGAAAGAUCUCAAAUAUCCCCCAGUAUCUAACCAGAUAGAAAUACACCCCUGGUUGAUGAGAUCUCAGCUUGUGGAUUACUGCUCUAGAAGACAAAUCAUUUGUCAAGCUUAUUCGCCACUAGCAAAAGGAAGAAAAUUUAAUGAUCUCACCUUGAAUUCGAUUGCCAAAAAAUACGAGAAAAAUAAUGCACAAAUCUUAAUUCGCUGGUCAGUGCAAAAGGGUUUUGUCGUAUUACCGAAGACUUUGCAAAUCGAUAGAUUAAAGUCAAACUUCAACAUCUGGGAUUUUGAGCUCUCAAAUGAAGAUAUAUUGCUGUUGGAACACGAGGAAAGUUACUUUAUCACCGGCUGGGAUCCAACCUUGUACAAUGGUUGA